CCUCCUCUCGCUGUCUUCGUUGGCGGAGGAGGGCCACACGUAUUCGGGGAUGAAGGGGGGCCUCACGCUGACCACGAAAGCCGGGGGGGAGGUGUGGUUCCCCCGGACUGGAAAGCUGCUGACCCAACGAGGCGAUCAAAUAAAGCCAACGCUACACACCACCUGUGCAGCACUCAUUGUUCCUGGCGAUGCGAAAGCAUCCACCCCCACUGACCUCAACGAGUACGACCUCGCGCACGGCCAUGCCCACGAGAUAUUGCUCAGGAUCACGGUGGAGAAGCAGGGAGUGCAGCUGACGGAUGGACCGCUGCUACCCUGUCUUGGCUGUUCGAUGUCCAAGGGACAGGUGAAACCCGUCCAGAAGAGCACGAGCACACGCGCACUGCUACCUCUCGCAGAUGACGAGGAGGGCGGGGAGGGCGAGAGCAGAGCGGAUGCAUCACGCCAAGGUUGGGGGGGGGAGAGAGACUCAGAGAGCGAGUCCGACCUCGACGUGAUGGAGGCUCGUGGGCCAGGGCAAGCGACGCCGUUUGUGCCCGAGGAGGCGCCGACGGCACCCGGCAACGGGAUUCGGAGGCAGCGUUCCCCCGUCACCCCUUUCGGGAAGGGGCGACUUCGGCGGAGUGACGCCGGCGGUGCUGGCGGCUCGGGCGGCGAAGAGCCCGGCGACCCAGGUGGGGACGGCGGUAGCGGUGGUGAUCCCGGCGACUCCGAGAACCUCGAGGAGUUGAAGUAUGAUCCAGCCGACGACCGCUACCCCCGCGGGCUAGAAGGGAAGAAACUCCUCUGGGGCGCCUCGAACGCUGGCCCGCUGCGCCAUGGGCUUGAGAGUGGCCGCACGCGGAAGCAGACCCGGGAGAUGCAAGGUGCCGGGGAGAUGCCGGGGCCCGGAGAAACACCGGACCCGGAAGAAGAACUGCUGGCGACCAUCCUGGAAACUGGCGGGACGGGGAUUGUUGAGGACUACAUCUGCAACUCGCUUGUGAAGGAGCAGUGGGACGAGGAGCAGACACGCCGAAAGGAGGAGGAGAUGUACAGGCGCGAGAUGCAGGAGGUUCAAGUGGGUUGGACGACGAAUGAGAAGGGCCUGAUAGUCGACUUCAAGGCCCGUAUGGUUGCGCGGGGUUUCUCUCAAAUCCCCGGCAUCGACUUCCACCAUUCAUCCUCAGCGUUCCCGUCUGCAGCGUCUAUCAAGACGGUGAUUGCCGUAGCCACUGAAAAGGGCAAGAAACUCGCGCACUGGGAUGUGAAGCAAGCGUACAUCCACGCUAAGAUAAAAGAAGAAAUAUACCUCAGGUUCCCGGAAGGCUGUGGUAGCAUGUCCGGCAAGGUGGUCAAGGUUGAGCGUGCCCUGUAUGGCCUACAGCGAGGAGCAAGCACAUCGACGUGCGGUUCCAUUUCAUUCGCGAGCUCUUCAACUCGGGCAAGAUCACUGCAGAGUAUGUUCCGACUGGAGAGCAGCACGCCGACAUGCUGA